AUGAGAAUGGGUUUAAGAGAAGAAAGUCCGACCGACGCAUCUCGCCACAAGGAUCGCCUCAAGUAUUAUGUCGACCUUGCGAAAAUCGCGGAACGCGGGAAGAUCUCUUGCAUUUUCUUCGCCGACUCUUACGGAGUCAAUGAUGUCUACGGCGGCAACACAGAUGCGACUUACCGAGGAGGCUGUCAAGUAGCACAGCUUGAUCCAUUUAUGAUCAUAUCCGCCAUGGCGGCAGCAACCGAGACUGUCGGAUUUGCAGUCAGUGGGAAUGCGUUGUACCUCAACCCGUACAUCUUUGCUCGGUCCUGCGCGACUCUGGACCACCUUACAGAUGGGCGGCUGGGGUGGAAUAUCGUGACAGGCUACACGAACGCUUCUGCUCGUGCCAUGGGCUUUGACUCGAUCAUGCCUCAUGAUCAAAGGUACGAAAAGGCGGGCGAGUUUGUCGACGUCGUUUACCGUUUAUGGGAAGGUAGCUGGGACGACGAUGCCCAGGUGUGGGAUGUCGAGAGGAACGUGGCCUAUGACCCGGCCAGGAUCAAGAAAAUCGAGUUCGAUGGUCGAUUCCACAAAAUAUCUGCCACGCAGCAAACACACCCAUCACCCCAGCGAGUCCCUGUCAUCUUCCAAGCCGGUUCUUCCAAAGCCGGAAUUGCUCUAGCCGGCGCCCAUGCGGAGGGUCUCUUCUGCGGCUCCCUAGUCCCCAGCCGAACAGCUGCUUACAUGAAAGAUGUCCGGAAGGCAGUGGCUGAUAGUGGCCGAGACCCCAAAUCCGUCAAGUCGUUUGCUGGUCUAUCCACUUUUAUCGCCCCAACACUGGAGGAAGCCCAAGCAAAGUACGAGGCGGCAGCCAGGCAUGCGAGUCCGGAGGCCGGCCUCGCCAAGUUUGGAGGCUACACCAAUACAGACCUGAGCAAAUAUCCGCUGGAUGAGCCUUUUGAAUUCAAGGAAGGAUCGGGAGACAACAUUAUCCGCGGCAUCGUCGAGAUGUUCAAGGCUGGCGACGGCAGCAACGAGGCUUGGACUCCAAGGAAGCUAGGUACCAAAAUGGCUUUGGGCUCACUCUACCCGGUGGUGGUUGGAACACCGGCCAUGGUGGCAGAUUUCAUGGAGAAAUGGGUGGAAGAAGCCGAUAUUGACGGCUUCAAUCUUUACGCUGCCAACUUUCCUGAGAGUUUCGAAGAUGUCGUCGACCUUCUAGUCCCUGAAUUGCAGCGACGAGGUGUCUAUUGGCUAAAUUAUCCCGUCCCUGGAGGUACUUUCAGGGAGAACUUGUACGCCAGCCCUGGACAGGCACGAGUCCUUGAUGAUCAUCCGGCAGCAAAGUAUAGAAGGGAGAGAGAGGCAGCUAGAGCUAUACGGGAUGCAGAAGAGAAGAAGGUCAAGGUAGUGGAAACAAUCCGGGAGAUAACAGGUGGCGUGGAGAGUCUUGCCACGAAGCCACAGGAGUUGGUUCAAAUCACUGCUUAG